GCUGUUCAAAACGCGGUGGUGCUAGAAAAGUAAUUCAUGCGGUCCGUCGACGCAAAACCAGCGACAGGGCGGCGGACGAACCUCCGUCGUCGGGGGUCUGACAGGAAAGCACGUUUUGGAGACUGGGCGCGGUGCAAAACGCGGAGAACGCGGGGGGCGCCGGACACUCCAGCGAAACUGUUCCACAGUGCAGUUCCGGAAACUUGAAUGGAUGGUUCCAGUGUCCUGUAGGGUCCUAGUUGUAACUCAUGUGGGACAGUUCCAGCUUCACUAUGUUGGCCCCUGACAGGAGACUGUAGUACGAAACAGGAGACUGUACCCCCUUUGUCCAUAACAGGGUGGACCAGUGAAAAGACUGCGUUAAGCUCCGGAGGUUGGAAAAGUCAUCAUGUAGCCCUUCUUUGGCUCAAAGGGACAGGCCAAUUUCUUUUCACUUGUUUUUUUUUUUUGCUUUUUCUUUUGUUUAGUUGGUUUUUUGUGAGUUGAAAAUGGUUCUGUACACAUCACCAUUCUCCAAUGCCUUUCUGGAGUUCCUGAAUAGCUUGUCUUGGGGUUUCAUUUUCCCUUGCUAUUGGCUACUGGACCGUCUGCUAGCAUCCUUUCUAGCCACCUCACUGGAGAAGAGGAGGCGCUCUCAGGACCCUUGUUACUUUCUAGCCUUCUGCGUGCUGGUGUCCACGCCACUCUACCUGCUGUUGCUGCUAGCUGCAUUGCCCUUUGCCCUGCUGGGCUUCCUGCUUUGGGCGCCGCUGCAAUCAGUGCGUCGACCCUACAUCUACACCUGCCAGGCGGGAGCGGAGGGAGCUGAGGGCUUGUGUGCGCCCCCGGGAGAUGGGCGCCCACUGGCACGGAGCUUCUGCUUCAGCAGUGCCAAUGUGUGCCUCCUGCCAGACUCCCUGGCACGAUUCAACAACCUAUCAGACACACAGCGGCGUGCUCGCGAGGUAGGCCGCCGCAUCCGCAACGGGGCCAGCAGGCCUCAGAUCAAGAUAUACAUUGACUCACCCACCAACACGUCCAUCAGUGCCGCCUCCUUCAGCAGCCUGGUGCAGCAAGGUGGUGCCUUCCGCCGCACCUCAUCCCUGGACCACCGACCAGAGACCAACGGGGAUGCUGAGCAGCGGGACAUGGGGGCUAGCUCACAGAAUGAGGAGUGUGUGCCCCUUGCUGAGUGCCCCUUGCAUCCGACGGAGGUUCAGGGAGUCCCCGAUUGCCCCCUGCAUCCCACAGAAUCGCAGACUCUCCCAGAUUGUCCCCUUCAUCCUGCAGGAAAACAGGGCCCACCUGACUGCCCCCUCCACCCAUCUGGGGUUCAGAUCAGCAUCAGCGCCCCGGAGCCAGAGGCCGAGGAAGCAGAGCCUAAGGGCAAUCAUCAAGUCAAGGAGGGUGACAUGGGUAGUCUGGACAGCUGCAUGGCAUCCAGGGAGUCGCUAAGCCGUUUCCACGUGGGGGAUGGCGGGGUGUCGAACAACACCCUCUCCCAUCGCACCUCUGUCUUUAAGAAGCCCCUGGGACGCAAGAGGCGCCAUGGCGAUGAUAGCUUUGACCACGAGGUUUCUGCCUUCUUCCCUGCAAACCUGGACUUCCUGUGCCUCCAGGAAGUGUUUGACAGGCGUGCGGCAGCCAAGCUGCGAGGGCAACUACAUCGGUACUUCCCUUUCAUGUUGAGCGAUGUGGGUCGCUAUGGCUGGAAGGGCUGCUGCUCCCGCUUCAAAUUCUUAAACAGUGGCCUCCUGCUGGCCAGCCGCUACCCCAUCCUGGACGCGCAAUAUGAAUGCUACCCCAACGGCAAAAGGGAAGAUGCCUUGGCUGCAAAGGGGGCCCUUUUUGUCAAGGUCCAAGUGGGCACCUCUCCCCAGGAGCAGAGAAUUGUCGGCUACAUCGCGUGUACGCACCUUCACGCCAUAGAAGGAGAUGCCUCCGUGCGCUGUGAGCAGCUGGACUUUCUACUGGAGUGGGGGGCCGAGUUCCGAAAGGCCACCUCCAGCCCACCUGAGGGCAAAGGCCUGGAGGAGCAGGUGGCCUUUGAUGUCAUUCUGGGGGACCUGAAUUUUGACAACUGUUCUUCAGAGGACAAGCUAGAGCAACAGCACACCCUGUUCACGCAUUAUAAAGAUCCCUGCCGCAUAGGACCGGGGGAAGAGAAGCCCUGGGUGCUGGGUACGCUGCUAGACACCAGCGGCUUAUACGAUGAGGAGGUCGGCUCCCCAGAAGGCCUCCAAAAAGUAAUGGAGAAUGAGGAGUUGCGGAAAGAAUACUUAGUUUACCCCAUUAGCAAGAAACAGUGUUCCAGUCAGAAGAGCCAGAAGAUCCCACUGAAAGGCAGCGGCAGGAGGAUUGACUACAUCCUGUACACUGAUGAGGGCCUGCAGCAAGACUGGAAAGUGGAUGUGGAGGAGUUUAGCUUUGUCACACAGCUGUCAGGACUCACAGACCACCUGUCCGUGGCCAUGCGCCUUACGGUGUCCACCGGGGAGGAGGAGCCGUAGGCCUGGACCACGUCCCGGGGCACACCCCUACAUCAUCAUAAGGACAAUGAAUGGAGAGGCGCUGGAGGACUUAGAAUGUGAGGCAGGGGAAGGACAGAGGGAUGCGGGGGUCCGAAGGUGGGGAUGGUGACAAAGAACUCGCAGUGGACCUUAGAGGAUCCUCCUGUUCAGAAAGUCAGCAGAAAACAUCCCCUCCCCUCCUUUGUUUGUGCCAUUCCUGCCACAUCGUAAUCUCGUCCUGCAACCAGACCAUCACCGAGGGUGCUGGAUGUCACUCAAUUCUUAAGCCAUUUCUUUUUUUCUUUUUUUUUUCCCCGUUUACACAUUAUUAUUGCUAAAAAGUGACUAUAAAAUAUUUCAGUUGUUUCACUCACGCUGCCCGCUUGUCAGUAGGUUUAGUUGACUGUCUUUCUCUUGUCCGAAACGGUGUUUUCGACGUCCGUGGUGAAGGCUGACGGAGGUUACGCGACCGAACCCGGGUUUCCCGGUGCUUACGCUCAUCCGGCUCUCUGGAGACGACGUCUGCCUCCCGUCUCACUUGGCCGCUCACCCACGCUGACCUGCGUGGCCCCUCUUUCUUCACAAACCCUGACAAAAGUGUCUUUUUUCUAAGGUCUUUCUAAAGAUUUCUACUACCAAUUUGCCAUCUUUAUAGAAUGUUUCUAUACAUAAGGCAUUAGGUUUAAAUGUACUGGAAUACUGUAUGCUGAAAUCUUGCAUCUCGCAUCAUUUUCAGGCAGAAGCUGUUCUAGAGCAGCACUUCUGUACUUUAUAGGCACUUGACUGGCUCUUUGCCAGCCUGGGUUUAUAUGAAGGCUCCGAAGGCUCGGCAGGGAACUGUGGAAGAAUCAUAAGAAAUGACUUUGCUGAGUUUAUGGGGUGGCUUCGAACUCUUGGCUGGGUGUACAUGUCAAAUCCUGGUGGCAGCAGCAUGUUGGAAUGAGCUUCCUGGUUGGCAUUCUGGUGUCCAGGGUGAUAUGUAUGUUCUCCUGGUACACCCCAAGAUGUUUCCAUGGCAACACUGUCUGCGAGUCCCAGGCCCAGGCCAAAGUUGCAGCACUGGUUUGGUGUCUCGCUUUCUCUGACUAUAGUGUUACUGUUAAUUGCUAGUUUUAAGAGGCCAGAAGAAGGACUCGGACAGCUGCCGGUGUAGUAUUAACCCUGUUCUUACUCCAGACCAAACUGUACUGCACAUGAGCAAAUGUUUACAUGCCAGAUUCUUCUGACUCUGUGCCCACCUGUGUAGAUAAACUUAAUCCUGUACCUGGGAUUUUUGCCACCUGCCACUCAUGUUUUUAUAUUCCAAAAUGCCUCUAUUAUUAUUAUUAUUAUUAUUAUUAUUAUUAUUAUUAUUAUUAUUGGUGUUGUAGGUAGAACUUAUAUUUUAAAAAAAAACGUUAUCCCAACAUUUAAAAUGUUUGCACUGAGCUCCCAGAAUGCAGCAGUUCUCAGGACUCAGCCCCAGUGUCAUUGUCCUCUUCUCCAAAACGACUGACACUCUCAGUUCAGUCCCAUUUAUUUUUACAGAGAGCUCUUCUCACCAAGGUGAACAGGUGAACAGGUGAGUGCGAACACAUUUCCGACGAGUGGUACAAUAGAGAAGGGAAUGGUGACGCGCAGAUUCUCGUCUUCGUCUUCGUCUCGUGGAGUUGGGCCGCGAGGCUCGGGCGCCGAGACGGUUCCGGCUCCCUGGAGAGCGCUCUACAUAUAGUUCUGGCUGCGUCGCUCCUGGGGGGUCAAGUUAGAGUCCCUGUCUUAUGAUUGGGUCCUGCGAUAGCUGCAUGCUCUUUGUGAUGGUUAUUCACGGCUUCUAGUCUCUCUGCUGCAACACUUGCAAUGACUUUCUUUCUCCUCUUUUGUUUCACUCAGUAUUAUUUACCUUGUUUUUUGUGACAAUAGCUUGCUGCCACUUCAGGUUGUUUUCUGAACGUGGCAAGAAAAGAUUUUUUUUUUUUUUCUCUUUUACAGCUUGUAUCAUAAUGGCAUAUUCUGCUUUUUAAA